AUGGAAGACACCGAAGAAAUAUCGGAGGAAUCCGAAGUAGAGCCUGAAUUUGUAUCCAGUGUUCCACCGGACAUAAUACAGCUAAAUCACUCCUUCGGCUAUGACUGUAAACGAAUCUACAAUAUGGUUUUAAUCGACGACGAUACCUUGGUUUUCGCCUCGGGUACUUAUAUACACUACUUUAGUGUAAGUAAAAGAACAGUCACAUUUCGGAAAUCAGUUUUUGGCACUGGUAUCGGAUUCAUAACGAAAAAUUAUCAUCCCGACUUUCAAGGUCUUUUAACCAUAGGGGAGAACGGCCCGCAAGCCACAGUUUUUGUUUACGAGUAUCCAUCUCAUAACAUUCGCGUUAAAAUGGAAAAAGCCGCUAAACAACAGUUCACUUGCGGUUCUUAUAACCAUUCGGGCGAGUUGUUUGCUUCGCAAGCCGGUUAUCCCGAUUUUAUGCUGACAAUUUGGAGAUGGGAAGCAGCAGAAAUUAUAUUACGUUCCAAGGCCUUUCAGAAUGAUGUUUUACAUGUACAUUUCUCCAAAUUUAAUCCAAUUUUACUCGUUUCUUGUGGUCUUAGUCAUAUAAAAUUCUGGAAAAUGGCCAACACCUUCACCGGCUUAAAAUUGAAAGGAGACCUUGGUCGAUUCGGCAAAACGGAUUUUAGUGACAUAUACGCCAUUUAUAUGCUGGCUGAUGAAAAUGUUAUAUCCGGUUGUGAGUGGGGUAACAUGUUAUUAUGGGAAGCGGGUUUAAUAAAAUUUGAAAUAACACGCAAGGGACGUAAGCCAUGCCAUACAAAACCUAUCGUGAGAAUAACUAUGGAAGGUGGUGAAGUGACUACAGUGGGUAUGGAUGGUUAUGUGCGUGUCUGGUUUUGGGAAACAAUUGAUACGGCCGAUCCUCCAGAUGAAGAUCGAUUUGUAGAAAUUGAACCAAUAUAUGAGUUUUACGUAGGAGAAUGCGAGAACAGGGCCGUGCAAAAAAUCAAAUUAUUCGACAAUGAAGAUUUUGGGUAUUACAUGAUGGACGGUUUAGGUGGCAUUUGGUAUUGUGAACUCAAUCCUAGAGAAAUACAGAACCCGUCUUAUAAAGUAUAUUCUUGCCAUGGUGGCAAAAUUGUUGCUGCCCAAGUUAGCUCUAUCUUACCUCUUCUUGUUACUUUAGGUGAAGAUGGUAAGAUUUCCGUGUAUGAUUUUGAAACUAAAAUAUUGCUAUUGCAAAAGGAGUUUAAUAAAGCGGGCACUGAUCUCAUAUGGUUCAAUGGACGAAUAUCGUUAUCGGGUAUGGACUUGGUUGCAAGUUUUGAAGAUGGUGUUAUACGUCAAAUAUAUAUCGACUUGAAAGCCCAGUCGGCGCCCGCUAUACAUCUAACGCGAGCUAUUAAGGCUCAUACGGCAGCGGUCACGAAAAUGACUGUAAAUCCUCGAAAUUCGUUGCUGGUAACGGGAGCGGCCGAUCGUACAAUAUUCGUUUACAAUUUGAGUGAAAGGCAUGAAAGAUUAGACUGUGUUCAUUUACAUCCUAUGGGCUUCGUGCAAUUUGAUGCCAUACCGAAUUGUUUCAAUUGGAAGGAUGAAAAGCUCAUCAUUCUCAUUGGUUGUAAAACGGGCGAGGUAUACGAAUAUCGGCUACCCCCGAAAAUAAGCGAAGAGCAAACAUUUCUCAGUUACAAUAUAACUGACAAAAAAGAAAUCAAAGCAACGAAGUUCACGUCUGUUAAAAGUGUUAUACGUCGCGAUUUGAAGAGAGCAGCUAUUAAAAAGCGGAAGGACAAAAAGCGGAAACGUAAAUUAGAUAGAAUUGAGAAAUUGAAAAAAGCAAAUCCAGGUUUACAAAUUGAUAUGGAGCAAGCAUUAGCCGAUUCCGAGCCAGACGAGGAAGAAGAGCCACUCCAUAUACCUGCCGUUCCUAAUCCAAUUUUAUGGUUACGUUAUACGGACCGCAACACAAUAUGGGUCUCUAUGGGCGGAUAUGAUGCCGGCUACAUUUAUGAAUUGCAACCAGGUAUUAAAGAGCCAAUACGUUCUACCAUUAUAAAGGACGGCGACGAUUGCGAAAUUCAUUCGUACCUUGAUGUAGGUGAGAUUCUGGUAUUGGGUUUAGUCAAUGGCAAACUUCGCAUUAAUCAAAUCAAUCCAACCGAUUUUACCGAUAUGCGAAAUUAUCUUUGUUUUAACAUGCAUGAUCCCUUAAACGGCACUAUCCCGUCGAUACUAAGUAGUUGCGAUGGGAAAAGUUUGAUUUCAGUCGGUUAUGAUGGCAAUAUUUUCAUUUAUUCAUGGUUUGGGCCGGAAAUACGACAAAUUCCGCGAAGAAGUAACGCUGUUACAACGCCAUUGAUAAUUCCAUCUGCCACAGACAUUAUCGAUCCGAAUUAUCCAUCGCUAGAACAGGAGAAAAUCUAUGCUGAGCAGAAACGACAAGAGGAAGCGGCCGCAGCGCAUGAACGUAAAAUAUUAGCGGAAAUUGCCAGACUCCAAGAAAAAUUCGACAGGCUGAUGAUGGAGAAUAAGAGCAUUAAAGAGGAUUUACGAAUUGAGCACAAAUACAUGCUACUGGAUGAUCGAAUUACAAAACAAAUACAGGAUGAAUUACAAUUCGAAUUGGAUGAUGUACGAGACGAUCUAGCCUAUGACUUGGAAGUGGCUGAGGUCGGCAAGCAAAAACUUUAUGAUCAUUUUAUAAAGAAUUUGGAUCAUAUACCAAUUAAAAUAACAAGUUUCGGUUCUAGUGCUCAAAUCUACACUUUUCGUAUCGAACGUUUGGAUGAGAAUUUCGAAGCAAUUAAAACGCAUGUUGAGGAACUUUUGCAUUUGGAAGCAUUAAAACGACGCGAGGACAAGUUUGAGGCUCCAGAAGAGAAAGGUGAAGAAGUGCUUGAACUACCUGAGGAAACUUUUUUCUUCGGUCGUGAUCCGAAUACAAUAGUGCCACGCUUCAGCAGAAAAAUGGUCCGCCUUUUACUUAGAUAUCGUUCACGCCAAUUGUAUGAGGUACAACGUCUGCAUAAUUGGGAAAAAAUGGAAAAAAGAAAACCUGAUCCCAAUAAGAAUCAUCCAGACGAUGAUCGAAAGAUUGAAGAGGCACAAAGAACCCUGGGUGAUUACAAAUUGAAAACCGGCGCACAAUAUGAACCGCAAUCGUUCGAAACUUUGGCCUAUAAAUAUCAUGAGGUUUUAAUGCUACGCGAACAACUUCACGCAAUCCUUUCCAAUUUUAAUAAAAGAGUCUUCGAACUGCGGGAUAUUAAAAAGACCAUAAAUGACUUUAUUGAAGAAAAACGUUGGCGAUUAAAGACCAUUCAUGAAAAUAUACCGGAGGCAGACCGAAAACACUUAAUGGAAAUAAAUCCAAUAAAUAUGGACGAAGAAUAUCCAGAGAUCAAUUUAAUAGAGAAAUAUUUCCCUGGCUGUGGUAUAGAAAUCAACGAUAUAUUAUACCUUGAGAAGAAAGUUGAAGAUUUACUUCCGAAGCGAUCAGUAAGCAAAAUUAGAAAGUUUAAAAAUAAAGAAGAUGAAAUUCUUGAAUUGGAUCAGAUGUCUGUCUACAGGCUGGAAGACAUUAAGUCUUUUCCGAGUCAUUCUCAUCUUGUAGAGGAAUUCAAGCAAUUGCCUAGUCCACCAGAUCCGGCCUUUUAUUUGAGUAAUGAACGAGAGCCUUCGCCCUGGUUAAUAGAGAAACGUUAUCGCUGGCUAAUAAGUUUAUUAAACGAACAAGACGACAUUCUAAGCGUUGUAAAUCAAAGCGUUCAAAGAUUUGAUAAUCUUUUGACGGAAUUAAACGAUGAUCGACUCCAAGUAAAAUAUGAGACUGAUUUCAUGACUAGUUAUCUAACAGCUAUGAACCAAGAGCUAUAUAUAAUGAGAGACAGUGAACAGAUAGAAAAUCAAUUAUUAAGUAAUGCCGAAUACGCUUUGAUGACACGUAACCAAGCUCAGACCUCUAUUAACGCUUUGACACGGCAAAUUGACGAAUUGCGUAAAAGCUGCGAUCGCAUUAAUGACCAAAUCGCUGUAAUUCAAACAAAAUUUAUGACUAACACUAAAGGUCAUAAGUUUCUCGACUUUUUGCGUCGUAUUUUUCGCAAAAAAUGGCGUCCACCUAAGCCACCGAAAAAUGAAGACGAAUCGUCCGAGUCGAGCUCGGAGGAUGAAUCGUCCAGCGAAGGGGAAGAAGACACCAAAAGUAUUGACUCCACCGAUAUGACGGCCAUACGUUUGGAUGAAACCCAUUGUCCACCCGGAUUGGAGAGAUCCAUGUAUGAGCUAGCGUUUAAGUUACGCGCAGAUAGACACGAAUUGGAAAAAAAUUUAAAUGAUGCCCUCAAGCAGAUAGAUUCUAAACGUGACGAAGUUAAGGAAGCGCAAAAGAACGUAAAAUAUCAUACAGAUGUUUAUAAUAAAGAGAAGGAAACGUUGCUGGCGUUCAGGCGAAAACGCCAACAAGAGCUUAACAAAAUUUACGUGUCCAUCUUUUUACAAAUGCAUCAAAUACAACAUUUUCGUGAAGGCGAAGAUUUCCGUGACUUAAGUAAGGCGGUUCUUUUCGACUCCAAAAGGCUUAUGGAUUUAAAGGGGCGCGUAGGAACACUUAAAAAUGAAGAAAUAGAAACUAAACGCUUGCACCGCAUAAAUAUCGUACAUUUAAGACGUAUGAACACGGAUAUUUCAUUUAUGCGAUUAGAAAUUACCCGAUUGGAGAGUAUAAUCAAAGAAGAAAUGAUGAAAAAAUUUGGAUUGAUCCUAAAUUUGGAUGAACUCGAAGAAGAAGUCCUUAGAAAAUAUGUUUUCGAGUUGGAGACAACCGCAGAGGAGGACAUACGUCUAAUUGAACAAGAAAUGAAGAAGAGACGGGAAGAGUUGGCUUUAGCGCAAGAAGAACUUAUAAAAGAAACGCGAGCAAAUUGCGAAAAGGUCAACAAGUUGUCGGUGUUGACUGAGGAGAAAAAUUCUCUUGAAAGAAUUUUAAUGCAGCAGCAGAAAUACUACAGAAAAUGGUUGCAACCGCCUAAUCUUAGUUGGGAUCGUGACAUAGAAAAGCUUACUGCCAUUGAUAAAGAGCAAAAGGAACUUAUAACGCAUUUAGAACGAGAAAUAGCGACUUUACGGGUUAAAGCUAAACCUUUGCAAAUUCAUGAUGGUACAGAGGAAAUGGCAGUGGAGAAGGUAACAAUGCCAAGCGAUACGGUUGGUGUGUGCCCAGAAAUGUUUCGUCCUGAAACGUUCUUUGUACGUAUGGUGGCUGAUGACUUCGCUAUGGACCGAUGCCAGAAUAUAGUGCAAAAACUAUUCAUGCACAGAUUUGGAAAAUCAGCUGGUCCAGACAAUGUCCGACGUUACGCUUACAAAGUAACUCGUUAUUUAGGCCAAGCGGCCUACUCGUUCGAAGGCGAACUUACUGAUAACAUUAUGGAAUGCAUUGUGGAAAAUAUUCGAACACUGAUCCCUAAAAAAUAUAUUGUACUUGUAGCUCACGAAGACUUGAAAAAAAUGUUCACAGAAAUCUUGAGUGUUUUCGACUAUGAACGAUCCGAAGUUAACACAGAAGAUGUAGUCUGCACUGUCUAUGAGAAUGCGAAAGAAACAUUAAAAGCAGCCACUGGAGUUCUAAACACGGCUCAGUACGUCUUAGUUCACAUGGUAAAAGAACUUAUCGAAAUUCUUCCUAUUGAAGAAUUACAAGCAGAAACCACCGUUAAUGCCAUUGUAGAUAAUUUAGAAAAGCAGCCAUACUUCGACGGACGCUGCAUAAACGUAGAAGGCUUGGUCAGCAAAGUGAUCCAAUUUGCUCAAGAAAAUCUCUUGGACUCUGUAACUUCGAUACCAAUACGUGUUUUGGCGCAAAAUGUACAAACCGAAUAUAUGAAACGACGUCCGUGCAAAUAUAUUAAUACGCAAUGUGCGGUAAGCUCGGUACACGGAAUAAAAGUAAAAAAGAAAUCGAAGUAA